AAUUACCGCUCUGAGUCGCAGCUCGCUGGCCAAUCAGAGGAGCCCGAGCCCGCCCCCCGCGCUGGACCUGGCGGCUGAUUUGCCGAGCACGGCGGAAUGCUCCCAACUGCAGGACAGCUGGGUGCUGGGCAGCGAUGCUGCGCUGCAGAGCAGACACUUCCUCUUUAAGACGGGAACAGGAAGUACGGCAUUCUUCGGCACGGCAACGCCUGGCUACACCAUGGCGACGGGGGCAGUCUACUCCACGCCCGCCCGGCCCCUCCCACGCAGCUCGCUCUCCAGGGGGGCCUUCAAGUUCAAGAAGUCCCCGCGCCACUGCUCCUGGAGGUGCACUGCCCUGGGCGCCGUGGGCGUGGCCACGCUGCUGUCACUCAUCCUCUGCUACUGCAUCGCGAUGCACAUUCUGGGUCUGAACUGGCAGCUGCAGGAGGAGAGCGGUCUGUUUGAGAACGGGGUCCGCCCGGCGCCCAGCUCGGCCAGCCUGGUGCCCCUGCUGACCGGAGAGCACGGGAGGAGUGGGGGUCUCCCUCCAGAGAACAGCUCCAUCGACACGGGGCUGGUGGUGGUGGGGCACCGCGUGGCCCAGGGUCUGCCGCCCGGGGUCUUCUGGAGGUCCCGCCUCACCAUGGCCACGCCCAGCUUCCUCAAGUUCAACAUCUCCGUCCAGAAGAACGCGCUGAUCGGGGUCUACGGCCGCAAGGGCCUGGCCCCGUCACACACACAGUAUGACUUUGUGGAGCUGCUGGACGGCAGCCGGCUGAUCGCUAAGGAGCGACGGCCCACCAGCGAGCCAGUGUCGGUCCACCAGGCGGGCUUCAUCCAGCACCUGGACCCGGGGGUCUGGCACCUGGCCUUCUACAACGACGGCCGCGGCGUGGAGGCCGUGUCCUACAACACCAUCGUCCUGGACUCGGUCAUGGAGUGCCCCCACAGCUGCUAUGGCAACGGGGAGUGUGUGGCGGGCUCCUGUCACUGCUUCCCCGGGUUCAUGGGCCCCUACUGCUCCCGCGCGGCCUGCCCGGUGCUCUGCAGUGGUAACGGUCAGUACACCCGGGGCCGCUGCCAGUGCUUCAGCGGUUGGAAGGGGACGGAAUGCGACGUCCAGACCGCCCAGUGCCUGGACCCCCAGUGCGGGGGGCACGGCGCCUGCGUGGGGGGCGAAUGCGUCUGCAACGCCGGUCGCAAGGGGAACUACUGCGAACAAGUGGACUGCAUGGAUCCGGUGUGUGCCGGUCAUGGAGCCUGUCAUCACGGGGAAUGCCACUGCAACCCGGGCUGGGGGGGGGCCGUCUGCGAGGUCCUGAAGACCACCUGUCCCGAGCAAUGCUCCAGCCAUGGGACCUUCAGCACCGAGUCGGGGAACUGCGUGUGUGACGCCAAGUGGACGGGCGUGGACUGCUCCGUGGAGCUGUGCGUGGUGGACUGCGGGGCCCACGGCGUGUGCCUGAGCGGCUCGUGCCACUGCGAGGAGGGCUGGGCGGGGCCCGAGUGCCUGCAGAGGGACUGCCACCCCCGCUGCAUCGACCACGGAGUGUGCAGGGAGGGCAAGUGUGACUGCCACCAGGGCUGGACCGGGGAGCACUGCACCAUAGACGGCUGUCCCGGACUCUGUAACAACAACGGGAGGUGUGUCCUGGACCACAACGUCUGGCACUGCGUCUGCCAGGGCGGCUGGAGGGGGCUGGGCUGCCACGUCGCCACGGAAACGCUCUGCUCCGACGGCAAGGACAACGAGGGGGAUGGGCUGGUGGACUGUCUGGACCCUGACUGCUGUCCCCAGCCCGCCUGCCAGAAGCAGCCGUCCUGCCAGGGGGCCCCGGACCCCGUUGUCCUAGCGACCCAGGGUCAGGGGUCCGCCUUCCCCCAGCCAACCGCCAGGAGCUUCUACGACCGCAUCAGCUUCCUGAUUGGUCCUGGCGGCAGUCAUGUGAUCCCUGGCAGCAACCCCUUCAACAGCAGCCUGGUGUCGGUGAUCCGGGGUCAGGUCGUCACGGGCGAUGGGACCCCGCUGAUCGGAGUCAACGUGUCGUUCCUCAGAUACCCGGAAUACGGACACACCCUGACCCGGGAGGACGGCAUGUUCGACCUGCUGGCCAAUGGCGGGGCUUCUCUGACGCUGAGCUACGCCCGGGCCCCGUUCCCGUCGCUGCAGCGUACCGUCUGGGUGCCCUGGUCCGUGUUCCACGUCAUGGAGACGGUGGUGAUGAAGAGGGAGCACAACGACAUCCCGAGCUGCUACCUGACUGGCCUGCUCUGGCCCCUCCCCCUCAUCCUGACCACGCCCCUCUCCACCCUCUACAAGACGUCUGCAGAGGACAGCCCCAUCAUACCUGAGACACAGGUGCUCCAUGAGCAGGUGGCCAUCCCGGGCAGCGAGCUGAACCUGGUGUACCUGAGCUCCAGGGCUCCGGGCUACAAGCCCAUCCUGAAGAUCCUGCUGACCCAGGAGAGGCUGCCCUUCGGCCUGAUGAAGGUGCACCUCAUGGUUGCCGUGAUGGGCCGGCAGUUCCAGAAGGCCUUCCCCGCCUUCCCCAACCUGUCGUACACCUUCAUCUGGGACAAGACGGACGCAUACGGCCAGAAGGUGUACGGCCUGGCCGAGGCCAUGGUGUCGGUGGGUUACGAGUACGAGUCCUGCCUGGACGUGGUUCUGUGGGAGAGGAGGACCGCCGUGCUCCAGGGCUACGAACUUGACGCCUCCAACAUCGGAGGAUGGAUGCUGGACAGACAUCACGUCCUGGACGUCCAGAACGGCAUCCUCUACAAGGGCAGCGGGGAGAACCAGUUCAUCUCGCUGCAGCCUCCCGUCAUCUCCACGGUGAUGGGCAACGGCCGGCGCCGCAGCAUCUCCUGCCCCAGCUGCAACGGGCAGGCGCAGGGCAACAAGCUGCUGGCCCCCGUGGCGCUGGCCUGGGGCAUCGACGGCAGCCUCUACGUCGGCGACUUCAACUACAUCCGCCGCAUCUACCCGUCGGGGAAUGUGACAAGCGUCAUGGAGCUCAGAAACAAAGACUUUAGACACAGCAACAACCCGGCCCACCGCUACUACCUGACCACCGACCCGGUGUCGGGCCAGCUCUACGUGUCCGACACCAACUCCAGGAGGAUCUACCGGCCCCGGGUCCUGGGGGGCACCAAGGAGCUGACGGCCAACGCCGAGGUGGUGGCCGGCACCGGGGAGCACUGCCUGCCCUUCGACGAGAACCACUGCGGGGACGGCGGCAAGGCCCCGGAGGCCUCACUCACCGGACCCAAAGGCAUCGCGGUGGACCGGAACGGCCUCAUCUACUUCGUGGACGGGACCACCAUCCGCAAGGUGGACCAGAACGGCAUCAUCUCCACCUUCCUGGGCUCUAACGACCUGACGUCGCCGCGACCGCUCACCUGCGACAGCAGCAUGGAUAUCAAUCAGGUGAUCCUGGAGUGGCCGACGGACCUGGCCGUGAGCCCCAUGGACAACUCUCUGUAUGUGCUGGACAGCAACAUCGUGCUGCGCAUCACGGAGGCGGGCCAGGUGAGCAUCGCGGCCGGGCGGCCCCUCCACUGCCCGCUGUCCGGGGGCGAGCCCCGCCCGGGCGCCGGCCAGCGGGCGCGGUUCAGCCCCCUGGAGAACGCCGUGUCGCUGGCCGUGUCAUACCAUGGGGACUUCUACGUGGCCGAGACGGACGAGCGACGCUUCAGCCGGAUCCGCCGCGUGUCGGUGGGCGGGGAGAUCACGCACCUGGCCGGCGCCGCCUCCGACUGCGACUGCAAGAACGACGCCAACUGCGACUGCUACCAGAGCGGGGACGGAUACGCCAAGGACGCCCGGCUCAACGGGCCGUCCUCGCUGGUGGCGGCGCCCGACGGGACGCUGUACGUGGCCGACCUCGGGAACAUCCGGAUCCGGGCGGUCUCCAGGAACGGGCCCGCCCUGGGCUCCACGGCCAGCACCUACGAGGUGGCAUCGCCGGACGUCCAGGAGCUGUACGUGUUCGACCUGAACGGGACGCACCAGCACACGGCCAGCCUGCUCACCGGCGAGCCCAAGUUCUCCUUCAGCUACAGCACCGACAACGACGUCACCGCCGUCACCGACAGCAACGGCAACACCCUGCGGAUCCGACGGGACCCCAACCGGACCCCGGUGCGGAUCGUCGCUCCCGACAACCAGGUGAUCUGGCUUGCGAUGGGCACGAACGGGGGGCUGAAGACGCUGACCGCCCAGGGCAUGGAGUUGGUGCUGCUCACCUACCAUGGCAACAACGGCCUCCUGGCAACCAAGACCUCGGAGAUCGGCUGGACCACCUUCUAUGACUAUGACAGCGAAGGGCGGCUCAUGAACGUGACGUUUCCCACGGGAACGGUGAAUAACUUGUACACCGACUUGAACAGCGCUCUCACGGUGGACAUCGAGAGCUCCCUGACUGACGAGGAAAUCAGCAUAACGACCAACACGUCCACACUGCAAGCCUUCUACACGCUCACUCAAGACCAGUGUAGGAGCAGCUACCAGGUGGGCUUUGACAACUCCCUGAGGAUCUCCUACGCCAACGGGAUGGACACCCACUACCAGACCGAGCCUCACAUCCUGGCCGGCGCCGCCAACCCCACCGUAGCACGCCGCAACAUGAGCCUACCCGGAGACACCGGCCAGAACCUGGUCGAGUGGCGCUUCCGAAAGGAGCAGAGUCGUGGGAAGGUCAUUGUGUUCGGACGCAAACUCAGAGUCAACGGUCGGAACAUCCUGUCCGUGGACUACGACCGCACGCUGCGGACGGAGAAGAUCUACGACGACCACAGGAAGUUCCUGCUGAAGAUCAUCUACGACGCCACAGGCCAGCCAGUGGUGUGGGUGCCCAGCAGCAAGCUGCUGCCCGUCAACGUGAGCCGCAGCAGCAGCGGCCAGAUCACCGUCCUCCAGAGAGGGCCCACGGUGGAGCGGGUGGAGUAUGACGCCCAGGGACGCCUGGUCUCCAGGGUGUUCGCCGACGGACGCACCUGGAGCUACACCUACCUGGAGAAGUCCCUGGUGCUGUUGCUCCACAGCCAGCGUCAGUACAUCUUCGUGUUCGACUCCCUGGACCGGCUCUCUGCGGUCACCAUGCCCAGCGUGGCGCGCUACUCCAUGCAGACGCUGCGCUCCGUGGGCUACUACCGCAACCUGUACCACCCCCCGGAGAGCAACGCCUCGGUGGCCGUGGACUACAGCGAGGACGGCCUCCUGCUGAGGGUGGCCCACCUUGGCACGGGCCGGCGCGUGCUCUACCGCUACCGCCGCUUCAACAAGCUGUCGGAGAUCCUGUACGACUCCACGCGCGUCAGCUUCACCUACGACGAGACGGCGGGCGUGCUCAAGACGGUCAACCUGCAGAACGAGGGCUUCAUCUGCACCAUCCGCUACCGGCAGGUGGGCCCGCUCAUCGACCGGCAGAUCUUCCGGUUCAGCGAGGACGGCAUGGUGAACGCCCGCUUCGACUACACCUAUGACAGCAGCCUGCGCGUCACCAGCGUGCAGGGGGUCAUCAACGAGACGCCGCUGCCCAUCGACCUCUACCAGUUCGACGACAUCUCGGGGAAGAUCGAGCAGUUCGGCAAGUUCGGCGUGAUCUACUACGACAUCAACCAGAUCAUCUCCACCGCCGUCAUGACCUACACCAAGCACUUCGACGCCCACGGCCGCAUCAAGGAGAUCCAGUACGAGAUCUUCCGCUCCCUCAUGUACUGGAUCACCUUCCAGUACGACGACGUCGGCCGCGUCAUCCGCCGCGAGAUCAAGAUCGGCCCGUUUGCCAACACCACGCAGUAUGCCUACGAGUACGAUGUGGACGGCCAGCUGCAGGCCGUCUACCUCAACGAGAAGGCCACCUGGCGCUACACCUACGACCUCAACGGGAACCUGCACCUGCUCAACCCGGGGAACAGCGCCCGGCUGCUGCCGCUGCGCUACGAUCUGCGGGACCGCAUUACGCGGCUGGGCGACGUGCAGUAUCGCCUGGACGAGGACGGCUUCCUGCGCCAGCGCGGCUCCGACAUCUUCGAGUACAACUCCAAGGGGCUGCUGGUGAGGGUGUACAGCAAGGCCGGCGCCUGGAGCGUGGUGUACCGCUACGACGGGCUGGGUCGCCGCGUCUCCACCAAGACCUCCACCGGCCCCCACCUGCAGUACUUCUACGCCGACCUCAGCUACCCGGCCCGCAUCACGCACGUGUACAACCACUCCAGCUCCGAGAUCACCUCGCUGUACUAUGACCUGCAGGGACACCUGUUUGCCAUGGAGAUCAGCAGCGGUGAGGAGUUCUACAUCGCCUGCGACAACACUGGCACGCCGCUGGCCGUGUUCACCAGCGACGGGCUGCUGGUGAAGCAGGUGCAGUACACGGCCUACGGGGAGGUCUACUUCGACUCCAACCCCGACUUCCAGCUGGUGCUGGGCUUCCACGGGGGGCUCUACGACCCCCUGACCAAACUGCUGCACUUCGGGGAGCGGGACUACGACAUCAUGCCCGGGCGCUGGACCGUCCCCGACAUCAGCACCUGGCAGAGGGUCAGCAAGGAGCCUGUGCCCUUCAACCUCUACAUGUUCCAGAGCAACAACCCCAUCAGCAAGGUGCUGGAGCUCCGGGAGUAUGUGGCCGAUGUGAACAGCUGGCUAGUGACCUUUGGGUUCCACCUCCACAACACCAUCCCCGGCUUCCCCGUGCCCAAGUUCGACCUCAGCGUGCCGUCCUACGAGCUGAAGAAGAGCCAGCUCUGGGAUGACCUGCCGGCCAUCUCGGGCGUCCAGCGGGAGGUGAACCGGCAGGCCGUUUCGCUGCUGUCCUUCGAGCGGCUGCCCGAGGUGCGCUACGCCCGGGGGCGGCGCGGCGAGAAGCCCUGGCUCUGGUUUUCGGCGCCCUCCUCCCCCAUCGGCCGAGGCGUCAUGUUCGCCGUGUACAAGGGCAGCGUGCACACGCACGCGCUCAACGUGGCGGGCGAGGACUGCGUGAAGGUGGCCUCCAUCCUCAACAACGCCUUCUACCUGGAGGACCUGCACUUCACCCUGGAGGGCCGUGACACCCACUACCUGGUGAAGCCCGGCCUCCCUGACACCGACCUGGCCGCGCUGCACCUGACCAGCGGCCACCGCACGCUGGAGAACGGCGUCAACGUCAGCGUGAGCCAAUCCACCACCGUGCUGGACGGACGCACGCGGCGCUUCGCCGACGUGGAGGUGCGGCGCGGCGCCCUGGCGCUGCACGUGCGCUACGGCUCCACGGUGGAUGAGGAGAAGGGCCGUGUGGUGGAGCUGGCCCGACAGGCGGCGCUGGCGGGGGCCUGGGCCCGGGAGCAGCAGCGGGUGAGGGAGGGGGAGGAGGGGGCGCGGCCCUGGACCGAGGGGGAGAAGAGGCAGCUCCUCAGCAGCGGGAAGGUGCUAGGCUACGACGGCUACUUCGUGCUCUCCAUCGAGCAGUACCCCGAGCUGGCCGACAGCGCCAACAACAUCCACUUCCUCAGGCAGAGCGAAAUCGGGAAGAGGAGGUAACACAGAGGAGGAGGAGGAGGAGCAGAGGGCCUCGAGUAGAGGAGGAGGAGCAGAGGGCCUCCAGUAGAGGAGGAGGAGGAGGAGCAGAGGGCCU